AUAAGAAUAGAGUAAUGGAGAUGAAUGAGGGUUUGCAGGUGCAGUCACGUGGUUUAAAAAUGUAAUUGAGGUGUAUUAAUCAUGCGCGUUGGUCGCUUAGUGGUAGUUUUCUCGACAUCCAUACGGCAGUCCUGGGUACAACUCCCAGCAACUGGAUGCAGUGCUGGUCCCAAGCCCGGAUAAAAUAAGAGGCUUUAGUCAGGAAGGGCAUCCCGGAUUUUUACCCUGGAUUGCUUUAAGAAGGGCAUUCAGGUGAUUUGGACAGAAUGGCGGCGGUGGCAGCUAAACGUGAGGGCCCGCAGUUCAUCAGCGAGGUGGCAGUGAGGGGAAACGCUGCAGUGCUGGAGUACUGCCGCACCUCCGUGUCUGCUCUGUCCGGGGCCACGGCGGGAAUCCUGGGCCUGACAGGCUUGUACGGCUUCAUCUUCUACUUCCUCGCUUCCUUCCUGCUUUCCGUCCUACUCAUCCUUAAAGCCGGCCGACGAUGGAACAAGUGCUUUAAAUCCAGACGCCUGCUCUUUACCGGAGGUCUCGUAGGCGGAUUGUUCACUUAUGUGCUCUUCUGGACUUUCCUGUACGGAAUGGUGCAUGUGUACUGAAGAUCAACACUACUGAAGAUGUGCAUUAGUGCAUAGGUUAACAAAUCUCUCUAGGUUCAGCAUGUUUAUUGAAUCUAACAUUUAUUUCAUUUCUCCUUUGUAUUUCAUUGCACUGAAAUGAUUCGGACGUGACUCAAUACCUAGGCUCUAAAGGUCAAGGUGAAGCAUGAAGUCAUUAACCAGAUCUGUUUUAUUUAUUUUUUCAAUCAUAAUUGAGAGCUGUUAUCCUGGGUCGGUGGAUCAGGAACUUAUCUUGGGAACACAACCUGGAUGAGAUGUCCGUCAGUCACAGGGCACACAUGGGCCAUGCUGCAAAAUCAGUCCACCUAGUGGCUGUUUUUAAGAAAUAAAAAUCCUGAAGGAAACCCAUACCGCUUUGGAGAAUAUGUAAAACUCCAUACACACCCACACACGGUAACCAGAGCUCAGGAAUAAGCUGAGGAACCUGGAGCUGUGAAACUAGACAUGCUGCCUGCUGUACCACCUUUAUGCACAAUUUUUAUCACGGUCAUAAGUUUUGCUAACAAGUCUUUAAUUUUUGCUUUAUUUAGGAUUAAAUAACACUCAAUUAAAAAGGGGAGGGUUGUUGCUUCUGAAUGAUAGUUAAAUGAUACAUUAGGAACCUAUUUCUAAUUGUAGUUUAGUCCCCUUCACCCAAAAGAACAAACCGAAUGAUUGUUUGAAAUGAAAAAAGAAAAUCUCUUUUCCCUAACGUUAUCAAAAAUCCACAUGGAUGGAAGGAGGCUACUGGUGGAAAAUUUAACAAUAAAUGCUUAGAAAAACGAGUAAACACACAUGUUAAGUUGUUAUAUCUAAGAGUUAGAAAUGUAGCGUACUUGUAUUACAAAUAGUAUUUUUAUUUCCUGAGAUCCUGAGAAGAAACCAAUAUUCCAUCAUAAGAAAUAUAAAUGAACCAUCUUAACAACUUCUGACUUAUCUGGCAUUGUGUGUGAGUGUGUGUGAAUAUUUCUGUAGUUUCCUUUUAAAUAAAUAAAUCACUCAUAUGAUUACAGC